AGUAUAAACAAGACAGUCGGCCGGUGUGAAGUGUUGUGCCGAACUCGGAAUCAAUAGUGAUAAUAAAUAGUAAGGCAAUUUCAUUCAGAGACAGGUGCGUUGCGGCCGACCUUGCGCAGGCGCCGGUGCCAGUCAGCGACAGACCAGCGCCGCACGAGCGCGCGCGCAGCUUCUAGUCAGACUAUAGUGCGUCUAGAUCUAGUGUACCAUGAGGAGGGACCGCGGGGUGCAAUGAAGGGUGCUGUCAAAGUGCCCAGCCACCUCACAGUGUUCGUUGGAAAGGUCGUGUUGCAUUGGCUGCUGAAAAACGCUGACUUGGUGUUCAUAAUCUACCGUUUUGUUUGGUAUGCAUGUAAAAUACAAGAAAAGUCCUCGAUGAAUAGCAGCGUAGAUUUCUUUGAAAACCUGAUCGACCAAGAUGGAAGGUUCGCGGAACUAAAUUGUCAAGAGAACACGCACCGCGGUGGAAGGGUACGGCAGCGCCCGUCAUUACAAGCGGAAAACAUCAAUAAUGGUGGCGGGCUGUCGCUGUCGCCGCCGCACACGGUGUCGCAGCGCGAGACGGGCACGCAGGUGUGCUACAGCGGCCCGCCGUCCCCCUGCGGCUCCGCGGCCUCGGGCCCGCCCGCCGCGUCACCGCCGCCGCCCCCGGGCCAAGCCACCCUCGACCCCAACUGGCAGGCCACCAAGCCCACCAUCCGCGAGAGGAAUGCAGCCAUGUUCAACAACCAGCUCAUGGCAGACAUCAGAUUCAUUGUUGGUCAACCAGGACACACGCAAGUAAUUCCUGCACACAAAUAUGUGUUGGCUACAGGCAGCUCUGUGUUCUACGCCAUGUUCUUCGGUGGCCUCGCAGAGUGCAAGCAGGAGAUUGAGGUUCCCGAUGUGGAACCAUCAGCAUUCCUCACAUUGCUCAAGUAUUUAUAUUGUGACGAAAUUCAGCUCGAGGCUGACACGGUGCUUUCAACUCUAUAUGUCGCGAAGAAGUACAUAGUCCCACAUUUAGCAAGAGCAUGUGUCAACUUCCUUGAAACUAGUCUUACUGCAAAAAACGCCUGCCUGCUCCUCAGCCAGUCUCGGCUAUUUGAGGAGCCGGAACUACUCCAGCGGUGCUGGGAAGUGAUAGAUGCACAGGCCGAGAUGGCGCUGACGUCGGAGGGGUUCGUGGACAUCGACGUGUCGACGCUGGAGUCGGUGCUGGCGCGGGAGACGCUCAACUGCAAGGAGAUAGCCCUGUUCGAGGCGGCGCUGGCGUGGGCGCAGGCGGAGUGCGGGCGCCGCGACGUGGACCCCACUCCUCAGAACAGGCGAGCCGUGCUCGGCCGAACCAUCUACCUGAUCAGGUUCCCGACCAUGUCGCUGGAGGAAUUUGCCAACAGCGCGGCGCAGCUCGGUAUAUUGACGCCGCAAGAAACGAUUGAUAUAUUUUUGCAUUUCACUGCGGCCACCAAGCCUCACCUCUCAUAUCCUACUAAGAUAAGGACAGGACUAAAAGCACAGAUCUGCCACCGGUUCCAGUCGUGCGCGUACCGCAGCAACCAGUGGCGCUACCGCGGCCGCUGCGACUCCAUACAGUUUUGCGUCGACAAAAGAAUAUUUGUCGUCGGAUUUGGGCUUUAUGGCUCAUCCAACGGAGCAGCCGAUUACAACGUCAAGAUCGAACUAAAGAGACUGGGGCGCGUUCUGGCCGAGAACAAUACUAAAUUCUUCUCAGACGGCUCAAGCAACACUUUCCAUGUGUAUUUUGAAAACCCAAUUCAAAUUGAGCCAGAAUGUUUCUACACUGCUUCUGCUAUACUGGAUGGAAGUGAACUGAGUUACUUUGGACAGGAAGGUUUGAGUGAAGUGUACAUGGGCACGGUGACAUUCCAGUUCCACUGCUCAUCAGAGAGCACCAACGGGACCGGGGUGCAAGGAGGCCAGAUUCCGGAGCUCAUUUAUUACGGACCCACCGUCACUACCACAUCCAGCUCAACCACAAAUGAGGACUGACAAAAGCCGAGAUCUCGGCCCCUAAACUUUUACUCUGUAUAAAUGUAAAAAUGUAGCAAUCUCAUUAUAUCCUAACAGGAGAUACUCGACUACAUGAAAAAUUAUAAUAGUCUGCAAAAUUCUCUCUUGUAUAUUGUUAAAUAGAUGAUAAGUACUUAAAAAUGUGAUAUGGAUGUUGUAGAACUCUAGAUUGGCAUAGCAUUUAGGUAUAUCCAUAAUACAAGUUCUUCGCAAUAUAAAAUAUGAAUAGUAUUUAA